GGUGAUACACCCCGCGCAUGCGCCUCCGCUGCCUCGCGUUGCCAGGUGGUGGUGGGCGAUUGCUGUGUGCGCGCUCCCUCCAUCAGGAAAGUGGGCGCGGGGGCUUAGGUUCGGUUCACUUCGCGUGGUUGGAGCUGCCGUCCUUCGGUGCAUCCUGUGUCAGCCCCGGAUCACCACAUGGAGGGGGGCCUGCGGAACUCCAUCGUCUUCAAUGCGUCCAAAGGGGAGGCUUUCACUCUCGCCAGCGGUUACAAAUCCCUGCGGAAAAGGCUUCGCGGUAACUGGAAGGUUCAGAGCUUAAAAGAUGAGAUCACAUCUGAGAAACUGUUUGGGGUAAAAUUGUGGAUUACAGCAGGCCCAAAAGAGAAGUUCAGUGCUGCUGAGUUUUCCGUUCUGAAGAAAUUCCUGGAGGAUGGUGGAGCCAUCCUGGUGAUGCUGAGAGAAGGUGGCGAGUCCCAAUACGGCACAAAUAUUAACUUUUUGCUAGAAGAGUAUGGGAUUGUUUUCAAUAAUGAUGCUGUAGUACGAAAUGUGUAUUACAAGUACUACCACCCAAAAGAAGCACUAAUCUCUGAUGGAGUUUUGAAUAGGGGAAUCAGUGAAUCUGCAAGAAAAACAGUGCUUGAGACAAUAGAUGAAGAUGGAAGCAGACGUGACUCACAAGCUCUCACUUUUGUGUAUCCAUUUGGUGCCACACUGAAUGUGAUGAAGCCAGCAGUGGCUAUUCUGUCAACAGGAUCUGUCUGCUUCCCACUCAACAGGCCUAUUCUUGCUUUCUAUCAGCAUGAGAAUCAGGGUGGAAAAAUGGCAGCAUUGGGCUCUUCCCACAUGUUCAGUGAUCAAUAUUUAGAUAAAGAAGAAAAUGGGAAGAUUAUGGAUGUGCUUUUCCAAUGGCUCACAACAUCAGAUAUCCAUUUGAAUCAGAUGAAUAAGGAGGAUCCUGAGAUUUCAGACUAUACCAUGCUCCCAGAUACAGCCGCACUGUCUGAGCAACUGCGAGUCUGUCUGCAGGAAGGAGAUGAGAAUCCAAGAGACUUCACAAAGCUGUUUGAUAUGUCCCUUUAUCAGAUGGAUACAACUGCCCUUCCUUCAGUUAUCAAAGCUUAUGAACAGCUGAAUGUGAAACAUGAACCUCUCCAGCUCAUUCAGCCUCAGUUUGAGACUCCACUACCUGUCCUCCAACCAGCUGUUUUUCCACCUGCUUUCAGAGAAUUACCUCCCCCCCCUCUGGAGCUGUUUGACUUAGAUGAAACAUUUUCUUCUGAAAAAGCUCGUCUUGCAGAGAUUACAAACAGAUGUACUGAUGAUGACCUGGAGUUCUAUGUACGAAAAUGUGGUGAUAUCUUAGGAGUAACAAGUAAACUCCCAAAGGAGAAGCAAGAUGCCAAGCAUAUCCUGGAGCACAUCUUUUUCCGAGUGGUUGAGUUUAAGAAACUGAACCAGGAACAUGAUACUGACAUGAGUGAAGCUGGAUUCCAGAAUGGUAACCGAGAUGUGACUUUCCUUAGUUUGAGACAGGCAUUUUAGUCAAAAUAUACUUUUGCUUUGGGUUUUUUUUUGGUUUAUUUUUUUACAACCUCCAUGUUCACUACUGAUUGGGACCAUCUCAGUAGUUUGCUGAAUAUUUGAAUAAUUUAUGUGUAGUUGGAUAAUUAAUGCCUUUUGUGGAAGAACUUGUACUUUGAAAGCACUUCCAAGUAAUUUUCUAUUUUUCUACUUCUUUAUUAAAACUGUAAAAA